CGUGCUUUCUUAUUCACGAUUCUGAAGUGAAUUAUGCGUAGGAAGAAAUUUAUCGGGAAUAUUGUUUCGGCUUGGCGUAGUUUCUUUUCUGAAAAAAGUGAUAAACCCUAUAGAUUCACGCCACGAACUUCAAAAAGCAUAGUCAAAAUUGACUGCACUUCAACUAUAUCAACUGCGCUUGAACUGGCGCUCCUUCCCAUUUGAAGCGCUAGAAAGUAAUCAUGAUUGGAGUAAGUGAACAAAGUUUCUCCCAAAACAAUCCUACUAAGAAGCCUGAAAGCCAGAGAAGUCAAUGCCACAAGGAUGCCUUGCCAGAGCAGCUGUGGACAGAUGGACUUAUCUGCGCUUUUGAAUUUGUCCGAGGGCAUAAAACAUCAGUUCUUUCAAAAUCCUUAUCCAAUAUCCCAUCUCCGUGUCAUGGCAAUAAUUUUGUGAAGAACCCUAUGGACUCUGAUGGCAGGCCUUUGGCAAUGCAAGGACCGAAGCGGGACACACGAUUUGAUCCUGCACCCCCUGUUGAACUGGCAAGUAACCAAGCUGGGAUUUUGCAUGUAGAUGGCCAACAUGCUAGAUUUAACAAUAUUCAUCCUGUUGAAAGGCGUGAAGGGUCUCAUUGGGUUCCGAUUGGGUGGCCUAGACUAUCUGAACUUGUCCAAACUAUGCAUGUUGAUGCAGAAUGGUCCGCUCAACAGUUUGAACUAACAGAUGAUGAAGAGGAUCUCACUGUUGCUGACUUAGCUGCUCCUUAUUGGGAAAGACCUGCUGGCCCCACAUGGUGGUGCCAUCUUACUGCUGGUCAUCCUACUGUUGAGGCGUGGAUCAAUUCUGCACAGUCAUUACACCCUGCUAUUAGAACUGCUUUGAGAGAUGAAAGCAAGUUGAUGAGUGAUAGAAUGAAACACCUAUUAUAUGAGGUUCCAGUAAGGGUUGCUGGAGGUUUAUUGUUUGAACUCUUGGGGCAAUCAGCUGGUGAUCCUUAUGUUGAAGAAGAUGACAUCCCUGUUGUCCUCCGUUCAUGGCAAGCUAAGAACUUCCUUAUAACUGUUCUACACUUAAAAGGAUCUGCUUCAAGAAUCAAUGUUUUGGGCAUUACAGAAGUCCAGGAACUUCUUCUUGGUGGUGGUUUCAAUACGCCAAAGACGGUACAUGAACUUAUAGCAUAUUUAGUUACUCGGUUGGCUCGGUGGGAUGACAGGUUAUUCCGGAAAUCCAUUUUUGGGGCAGCAGAUGAAGUGGAACUGAUGUUUGUAAACAGGAGAAACCAUGAAGAUUUGAAUCUUUUCAGUUCUAUACUCAACCGAGAAAUAAGAAGGUUAUCUACACAGGUUAUUAGGGUGAAAUGGUCACUCCAUGCAAGAGAAGAGAUAGUAUUCGAACUUCUCCAGCAUUUAAGGGGAAAUUUAACCAAAUCUCUACUGGAAGGAGUAAGGAAGAGUACUAGGCAGAUGAUUGAAGAGCAGGAAGCAGUUCGUGGUCGUUUGUUUACCAUCCAAGACGUCAUGCAGAGCACAGUUCGUGCAUGGUUACAGGAUAAAAGCCUCCGAGUCACUCAUAACUUAGGAGUCUUUGGGGGAUGUGGUCUUAUUCUUUCCAUCAUCACAGGUUUGUUUGGAAUAAAUGUGGAUGGAAUCCCUGGUGCAGAAAACACACCGUAUGCAUUUGGCCUGUUUUCGGCGCUCCUCGUAUUUAUAGGUGUCGUGCUCAUCGCACUCGGGCUGCUGUAUCUUGGACUUAAAAAUCCAAUCACUGAGGAGCAGGUUGAAGUGAGAAAGUUGGAAUUAGAUGAGUUAGUCAAGAUGUUCCAGCAUGAAGCAGAAACUCAUGCCCAGGUCCAUAAGCAGCACAUACCUCGACGUAACUUGCCCCCAACAGCAGGAGGCGACAGGCUUCCGGAAGACGCAGAAACUGUUUACAUUUGCUCCUGAAAUCUGAUGAGACUUGGGAUUUGAUAUUUUAUCAAUGCAAGGUUGCACAGCAUCUCAGCAAGAAUUCGGAAAAGUUAACUGCUUUACAACAUCUUCCAGGUUUCACAGGUGAUCUACACAUAAUGUGUUUUGAUAUAUAUAAGAAUGCCAAAUUUACUGCAGUAGAGUAAUCGAUCGUGCACACACAGCUGAAUCCGUCCCUAUGUAUUUGUGUAUACUUUUUUUUUUGAAAGGGUAAAUAUCAUUACUUGAGAA